AUGAACAGCUACACCAGCAACUACAAUCCGUACCAACAGACCUCAUAUGGUGGCAAUGCUGCGCCUGAUGGAGGAGGCUUUAUGCAGGGUGGCGGCUUCGGCAGCCCUGGUAUGGGAGGAAGCCCUGGAAGCGGUGGACGCACUCGAUCGGCGAACACUCUUCGUCCCGUUACGAUCAAGCAAAUUCUCGACGCCCAACAACCCCACCCCGACGCCGACUUCCGCAUCGACAAUGCCGAUAUCGGUCAAAUCACCUUCGUAGCCGCCAUCCGCAACGUCUCCCUUCAAUCAACAAACGUUACUUUCCGCAUGGAAGACGGUACCGGUCUCCUCGAGGCGAAGCAAUGGCUCGACGCCGGAGCAGAAGGCGCAGGAGGCAAUAAGUUCGAGGGAUGGACUGACACGUACGCGCGCGUUACUGGUCAGUUGAAGAGUUUUGGACAGAGAAGACAUGUUUCUGUUUCCCAUAUUCGUCAGGUGACGGACAUGCACGAGGUUCUCUACCAUCUCCUCGAGGCGACCUCCGUGCAUCUCUACUUUACCCGCGGACCACACCAGCCAACAUCAGCCAACCAAGCUGCCGCUGGCGCCGGCGGCCAGCAGGCGUAUGGGCACAACCCCCUGGACGCUCAGCUCGCUGGAUACAACCUCUCCCCCGCUCUACGACAAAUUAUGGCCGUCAUUCAUGCGGCACCAGACACCAACGAAGGUAUCCACGUCAGAAAUUUGGUGCAGAUGUGUCCACCUGGGUUGGUGCCUGAUAUGGGUGAGGCGAUUGAGCAGUUGAUGGGUGAGGGCUUGUUGUAUACCACGAUAGAUGAUGAGCACGUGAAGAGUACGGUGCAGACGUAG